CGUACUCCACGUACACUAAGACCUUGGGGAAACCGUUAACACUUUAGUAUGAGUGUAAAGAAAGAUUCAUUCCUCCGCUAGUUGGACAGAAUUUGGACAAAGUUUCUGGAGUUUCUGGCACAGUCAGAUCCACGUCGUUAAGAGGCUUAAUCGUAGAUUUGGUCAUAAUAGGGGAUAACAGGGGUAUUCAAGUUUCGGUAAGUUGCAUGUGCGUGUAGGAUACAUAGCAACUCUUGACCGUUUACGAAAAAAAAGAAAAACAUUGGCAUGGAUACUGUGUUCGAAAUGAAAGCCCAGGAAAGCUGAAACGCAAGCCAGACAGUCUCAGACUGAGAGCGGAGAGAGAGGCCGGAGCAUGUGCUCCAGCGGGCAGCCGGGCGCAGGGAGCGGCCGCCCGUCCCCCGGCUCCGCCAGCGACAACAGCAAUAACUCGGGCUCCCAGUACGCCCUGUGCGCGCUGGGCGUGGGCCUGGUGGCGCUGGGCAUCGUCAUGAUCGUGUGGAGCGUGGUGCCGUCGGACGCGGCGGGGAACAGCAGCAGCGGCGGGUCGAAGCCCGGCAUCGAGGACACCAAGGGGAAGACGUCGACGGUGGCGUUCGUCCUGGUGGGGGCGGGCGUGGCCACGCUGCUGCUGUCCAUCUGCCUGGGCGUGAGGAGCAAGCACAGGCAGCAGCGGCUGGAGACGGAGGCGCUGGACGCGCAGUUCCGCCAGCGCGCCGGCAGCGCACAGGAAGGGGAAACGGUGGAGGAGAAUACCGCCAGGUAUGACGUGCCCACCUACGAGGAGGCAGUGGGCAGCGGGCAGUAUCCUGUGAGGCAGAGUAACCUGCGUAACAGCUCCUCCCAGCUGCCGUCCUACGAGGACCUGGUGGACGGCCUGCGGCAUGAGAACGAGGGGCAGGGGGAGCCCCCAUAUCCCCCACCAGCCCCCACCGGCGACCCGCAGCCUCCCCCCGCCCCCGCUGCCGCUGCUGCUGCCGCUGCCCCGCCCGGCCGCCACAACGGCCUCAGCCUCAAGCUCCGCCCCCUCAAGGUGAGGCGCAUCAAGUCCGAGAAGCUACACCUCAAGAACCCUCCGCAGGCCGGUGUGCUGAGCAUUGAGCCCCUCACACCCCCGCCGCAGUACGAGGACAAAAUGCCUGAGCUCUGAGAGCGCCUCCCACAGGCCAGAGAGGGAAAUGCUCUUUGGGGCCUCGGUCUGCUCGUGUUCAGCUGAAUGGCGCGAAGCUCCUCCUGUAGGCCCGGCUGCGGACUCUCCGUCCCAGCAGUCAGGCGGAGGGAGGGAUUAACCUUUGACCUGCUGAUGUCACUUUGGUCUGGACUGGACACCUCUGCCAACUUAAACAUUUCUUGCUUCAAACUGCUAUCGUCCAAGGAGCCGGGCAGAGGAGCGGAAGAGAAAUGGAUACUCCUAUUACUCUUUUUUUUCAGUUCUCAAGAUAUGGGCCAGAUAAUGAAUGAAGGCACACAUUAAAAAACACUUUUGUUAAAGAGGGGGCGGUGCUGUCCUUUGUGAUCGGGAACCUCAUGGUGUAAAUUGAGUCUCUGUGUGCAUUCCCCUUUGCACUCACUAUCAAUAAUGAAUCUGACAGUUUAGUGAAGCACUCAGAGGCAAGUCUCCCGGAACUGCGAGAGCGGAGACCUUUUCCAAUUGUGUCUAAUUGUUUUGGCGGUUGUGGCAGCGAUCAUUUCAUUAGAUAAUUCGUUCAUCAAAAGAACUUGUCACUUAAGAAAAAAGUCUGCGACAACUAAGAGAGACUGCUCAUAAAAGAAGCAGUUACUGCAAAAAGGCAGACGCUCAGUUAAGUGGGUGCUUCAAUUUGGCACGUCUCCAACUUCAGUGCCUCGUGCAGAUUCUGCCUUUUCGGAUCUGAGUGAAAUACGAGGGACCACACGGUUACCAAUGGGAGACACUGCAUUUCAUUUCAUGAAUGGGGAAGCCAGUCAAACUGACCGACGUGUGUUUAGGUUAUAUUGUCAGAAUUGCCGACUGGUUCUGUAGGGCGGGAUGUUUCUCUGCGAGGCUGUAGUUUUCGGAACCAGCUGUGUUCCCGGCGCCUCUGGAGGAAGGCAGCCGACCACAGCCAGAAGAGGAGAAGACUCCAUACAGGGUGGGCUCUUCAGCUGGGGAGCCGGGACAAAGGCCACAGAUUCUGGAGGCAGCUGCGUGUUUCGGGGAGUCUCCCCGGGCGGACGUGGCCGCCCCAUAGCUGAGAGCACAGAGGAGCCCUUUGACUGCCCAGCUGCAGGCAGGAAGAAAGGGAGUCCUGCUCUCGCUGCGGUCGCUGUCCCCCCCACCCCGACCGCUGAAUCCCUGCACUGUGAUUUCUGUCUUUACAGGGAAGCACGGGACAGAGAGCUCGUUGGAGAGGAAAUCUCCCACUCUCCCACGCCACGGAUUCACCCUGAAGCGUCUUCAUGCUCUGAAAGCCGUUCUCCUGUUGAUUGUCUUCAGUCCGCGUCGCCUUAUUAACUCGAUUCCAAGAGCACCCC